AUGACCCAUAAGAUCCCUGAGGUGGCAGUUUGCAAGGAUUCCAAGACGACUGAGCGCAGUGAAUAUCCCCAGGGUCUCCAGAGGUUUGAGCUGACCCACACCGUGAUGGACCGCAUCGAACAACGGAGGGACAAAGUCAGGCAGUGGAUCAACGACCACCUGUUGAAAAGGAGUCGUGAGCCCAUUGAGCCACCCUUGGAUGCCACACGGCAGGAAAGGGAGAAUGAAUCCGGAAUGACCGAUGUGGAGUUCAAGGAAAUGGGUUGGGCCGAAGCCAAGAGGCUCAUGAUCGCGAUGGGUGCCCUGAUCCAAGACCUGGAGGGAGCUCAAGUAGAGCUCUACAACGUGAUGUCCGAGUGUGCCUUUCUCACGAAGAUCAUAGAGGAAUACGAACAAGAGCUGGGGAAGAUGCGUGUCAACCAGGAGCUGCUGGAAUACUUUGCUGGAAUUCAGCUGGGGUACCGGUACUACCCCUUGGAUCACAUGGAAUCGCCACAUCUAGAGGACAACAUGAAAUGGCAGCCAUGGGGGGUUGACGCGGUCAUACAAUGUGAAGAUGAGAACAACAAUAAGAGGCCAUCGAACAUGGAUGCAGAAGAAGGAGGACAAAUGGCAACCAAGGCCACAGAGAAUGCAAAGGAGCUGAAGGGGAAGGGCAACAGCAAGCCUGGAGCUGGCAGGCAGAUGGACUCUGGCAGGAAUCUCCCAGAGAAUGAAACAGCCAAAGAUCCCAGUGUGUGCAAACAGAUGCCAACCAAGGCGACAGAAAAGGCUGUGAAAGAGAAGGAGAAGGAUACCAACCAGACGGUCUUCGAGAAGGAUUCUGGCAAGGAGAAGAGCCAAGCAGCCAUGGAGCCCAGAAUGUGCAAGCUGCAGAAUGCGCCGGCUGGAAUGAGAAAGCAGCGAGCUUGUGGCAAGAAGCUGGCCCAGUCAACUGAGGUGGGCAAGCCGCAGCAUGCUGCACUCAAACAGAUGGCCUCUUGUGAUGACGACAAGCGGAAAGCAUGCGACAUGAUCCAGACACCGCCAUCGCCUCCGUGGAAGAAGGCACAUCUCAUGCCACCGCCUCCGUUGAAGAAGGCACGGGUCGUGCCAGCCAGAGCAUUGACGCCACCCAGAAAGAUCCCUCCGCGACAGCGGCCAAUUCCUACGCCUGUGCGUGUCUAG